AUGUACAAGCUGACGGCCCCGCGAAUACAGGGGGACAUGGACAAAGUGGUCUCAGCGACCAUCGAAGACGCUGCCAAGGCAAAGACACUCCGCUGCGAGGAGCGGAAUGGCAAGCAUGUCGGCGAGGAUGUCCCUGGUAAGCUGGAGAAGGCCUACGCCGUCCAGCAAGCCUGUCUUCGGAUGCAGGAAACUGCGAACCGCAUCGCUGUCGGAGAUGCCAACAAAGGCUUCGCACGGAUCGGGGGCAGCAUGGCUGAGAGGUGCUACAAUGAGGUGCGUGUGUUACACUUCAAGGUCUAUUGA